GUCGCACCUGACGGCUGUCGUGAAGCAGCGGGAGGAGAAGGAGGGAAGGGGGAGUCUAGGCCCGGCCCGGCCCGGCCUCCCCCCGGGCCCACGGGGAGUUGGCUCCGCGCCGCGUCCCUCCACCCCCGCCGCAUCGCAGCCGGAGCCAGGAGGAGGCGGCGCUGCCGCCGCUGGCUAUGUAGGGGCCCCGGUGCGGGCGGAUCCGGAGGCCGCUGUCCGCCUCUGGAGCGCGGCGCCGGGGCCGGGCCCGGCGGGAUGUUCUCCAAGAAGCCGCACGGAGACGUGCGAAAAUCCACGCAGAAGGUGCUGGACACCCGCAAGGACCCGCUUACCCGCCUCAAGCACCUGCGCGUCCUCAUCGAGAAUGCAGAAUCAAUUGAUCUCAAACAGUUUUUCGACCUACAUUUCUCACAUAUAUAUUAUGUGUUCUUUGAAAACUUUGUGACUAUUGAAGUAGGCCUUAAACAAAAAGGUCACAAGUCACAGAGAGAAGAAUUAGAUUCUAUUCUUUUUAUUUUUGAGAAAAUUUUGCAACUUCUCCCAGAAAGGAUUCAUCAGAGAUGGCAAUUUCAUAGUAUUGGGUUGAUUUUAAAGAAGCUUCUUCACACUGGAAAUUCAUUAAAGAUACGACGAGAGGGUGUGCGUCUCUUUCUUUUGUGGCUGCAAGCACUUCAGAAUAACUGUAGUAAAGAACAACUAUGGAUGUUUUCUUGCUUGAUUCCUGGAUUUUCAUCACCACAGUCUGAAUAUGGCCCACGAACACUAGAUAAUCUCAUUAACCCUCCACUUAAUGUUCAAGAAACUCAAGUGACUAUAGAGGAAAUCACUCCCCUUGUUCCUCCACAAUCAGGAGAUAAAGGACAAGAAGAUUUAACAAGCUAUUUCUUAGAAGCACUUUUGAAAUACAUAGUAAUUCAGGUUAAAAGUUUAGAAUGGAAGAACAAGGAAAACCAGGAAAAGGGAUUUUCAUUUUUGUUCUCAAAUUUUAAGAAGUACUACUUACCUUCCAUUUUCCCAAACAUCUGUAAGGAGACCAGCUUGUAUAACCCUAUACUUGAUAUACCACAAAUGAGACCAAAGCCACACUAUGUAAUGGUUAAGAAAGAUGCUGAAACCAAUGAGGCAAUAUAUUGCACAAAGGAACCUUUUAUUAAGGCUCGUGUUAUUGUCAUUCGAUGGUUGGUGUCUUUCUGGCUUGAGCCAAAACCUCAUACAGGACCUCAUAUUCCUGGGAUGGAAGGUGAAAAUGUGCCAAAGAAUAUUCAGAGAGCAGCUGCUAGCAUGGCUUCAAGGGAGGACAGCAAAAAUGACAGUGCUGAUAAGCAGGAUAGAAAUGUAGAGCCAGAACAAUCUCAUUCCAAUACAAGUACUCUAACAGAAAGAGAACCAAGUUCUUCCAGCCUCUGCAGUAUUGAUGAAGAACAUUUAACCGAUAUUGAAAUUGUCCGGAAAGUCUUUUCUUCUAAAAGAAGCAAUGUUAAUUUUUUAACUGAGAUUUUCCGUCAGGCAUUUCUGUUGCCAAUAUGUGAAGCAGCUGCCAUGAGGAAAGUGGUAAAGGUGUAUCAAGAAUGGAUUCAGCAAGAAGACAAGCCUUUAUUUAUGAAAGAACCUGAAGAAGUAAUGCAGUGCACAACUGCAGAUUGCGAUGAAAGUGUUGUUGACCACAAUUCAUCAGAGAAAGCAAAAGAAAGAGAAGAGGAAAAAGGGAUGAACUCCAGCCAUGUUAGAAAUUCAAACUGGGGAAGAAAUGGCUGUUAUGAGGACACUUUGCAUAAAAUGUCUGAAAUUGAUACUGAAGAGCAAAAUGUACGAGCUGGAGUGCAGUCAGUAUUGCAGGUUUUUAUAAUAAAUUCUUCAAAUAUAUUCUUCCUCGAACCUGCAAAUGAAAUUAAAGCUCUGCUGGAUGAACACACUGAUAUGUGUAAACGCAUUCUUAAUAUCUACCGUCACAUGGUAGUCCAAGUGACUAUGGACAAGAAGACAUGGGAACAGAUGCUACUUGUGCUGCUCAGGGUUACUGAAUCUGUGCUGAAAAUACCACCCCAAACUUUCUUGCAGUAUCAAGGAAGAAAGAACUUCACUUUAGCUGGAAGACUUGCAGGACCUCUUUUCCAGACUCUUAUAGUAGCUUGGAUCAAAGCGAACCUAAAUGUGUACAUCUCUCGAGAACUUUGGGAUGACUUGCUGUCUGUAAUGUCAUCUCUGACAUACUGGGAAGAGCUGGCCACUGAGUGGUCGUUGACAAUGGAGACACUAACUAAAGUAUUAGCUAGAAACCUGUAUAGCCUGGACCUCAGUGACCUGCCGUUGGAUAAAUUAAGUGAGCAGAAGCAGAAAAAGCACAAAGGCAAAGGAGUUGGACAUGAAUUCCCAAAAUCUUCCGUUGAUAAGUCCUUUUCCAGAGGCUGGAGCCGUGAUCAGCCUGGACAAGCCCCGAUGAGACAACGCAGCGCUACAACCACUGGCUCUCCAGGAACGGAAAAGGCACGAAGCAUAGUGCGGCAGAAAACAGUUGCCAUGAGAAGCCGAUCCAUUGGUGAAUGUGCUCUGCCAUCGGCCUAUAUACGCAGUGCUAAAAGUGCUCCUGUUCUGAUCCAUACUUCCAAACCCUUCUUGCCUGAUAUUGUUCUCACUCCCCUUUCUGAUGAGCUUUCAGACAUUGACGAUGCUCAAAUUCUUCCACGUCCACCUCGAGUCAGACAUUUUUCACAGAGUGAGGAUGCUCCAAGUGAAGUUUUUGGUGCAUUAAAUGAGGAACAGCCACUGCCACGAAGCAGCAGCACCUCUGACAUCCUGGAACCAUUCGCAGUUGAACGAGCCAAAGGUGCAGUUCCUGUCAUUGACAGUUCAUCCCAUCAUGCUCCAAGCUUACAGAGUUCCACUGAGACCUCUUCAAUGCAUAGAUCCACUGAAAGCCAUAUCACUGAUACAAAUAGCAGAGAGUCCUCCUUGGAAGUUGGGGAUAGUAUUUAUGACCAUCUUUGUCAUUUAAUAGGGCCGGUAGAAUUUGCAAACACAGCCUUUGAACAAAGCCAAUAUGUUGACCUUGAAGGUGAAGAUGAUCUCCUUUCCUCUCUGAGAGAAUAUCUUAAAGAAAAAGAAGAACUUUGCGGUAACUUUGAGAUAGAUAAAUGUGAGGCUUCUGCUCACGAAGUUGAUACAUCAGUAAAUAGGAAUGAUAGAUUACCACUGGAUGGAUUAGAAAAUAGAGACCAGACCGGUCAAUGCACGAAUAGCGUCACUGUUACAGAAAGAGCUGAUAACACAGAGCUGCACCUAGAACAAGACCAAAGUGGCUUUAUAAGUAAUGUUGCACCUACUCAAGUAGACCUUUUUACAAGAAAUCAAGCGCUUGAUAAAGCCAGACAGUUAAAUACUAAUAAACAAUAUGAAAGCGUGUUCGAUCAUGGGUCAAGUAGUCCUAGCAGCAAAGAAGGGAAGAGAUACCUGUACAGGCAAGCUGCCACUGAAGCUGAUGUAGAUUUAGCUGCGGAAGCAGCAGUAGCCGAAAAGCAUAAAAAUGCCCAGUUUAAUGAAAAAGUAACCAACUCACGUGUUAUGCAUGCAAAGAAAAUUCUUCCUAAAGCACAAGUUAACCCUCAAAUGCCUCACAUGGUAGGCACAAGCAAACUGUCACCAACUAAAAGGAGCAUAUCCGAAACUGUAACUCAUAGGGCCAAAAUCAUGAAAAUAACAACUAAAAAAAGAAAUAGCGUUCAUGUUACUUUUAGGCCAUCUACAGAAUCAGUUCAAUUUUACAAUCCUCUUGAGAGCAAAGAGGCCGCUUGGAAAACAAGACUUCGUAAACUGGGUGGCUUCAGUAGUAGCGGUAGUGGUAGCAGCAGUACCGGUGCAAGCACCAGCUCAUCGGCUGUCACGGAACUGGUUAGACCUGGAAUAUAUAGACCUCUAGAUGCAAUCAAUGCUGCUUCAGCUGGCAGCAAGCAAAUUAAGGAAUCUACAGAAGCUCAAGCAGCCAUGUUGCAAAAAGAAGGUGUUGCGGUUAAUCAGUUCCAUAAUCGUAGUGCCUUUAGAGGAGCAGGUCAGGAGUCAGCGCAACAGCAGGGCUCCCUGGGUGGUGUUUAUAAAACUGUUGUACAUGCUCUUUCGAAGCCGAAGGCAAAUGUUUCCCCACAGAGGCAGAACAGAAUGCCAGCAGAGGCUCCACUGAGGGAUCUGUACAGUCAUGUAAUGGGCUAUUUUGGAAGGAAAGCUGCAGCUAAUAGAGAGGACAUGAGUCAAAAGCUGCACCCUAUUGAUAGUGAUAUUGGCAGUAGCAAUACAAAUGUUCCUGACCUCAUGGAUGAAUUUAUAGCUGAGAGACUCCGCAGUGGUAGUGCGCUGAAUGUGACAAGAAGAGGAAGCAGUCCCGGCAGCCUGGAAGUCCCUAAAGACCUUCCUGAUAUAUUGAACAAACAGAACCAGAUGCGUCCUAUAGACGACCCGGGUGUGCCUUCCGAAUGGACGUCACCCGCCAGCGCGGGCAGCAGCGACCUCAUCAGUUCCGACAGCCACUCCGACUCCUUCAGCGCCUUCCAGUAUGACGGCCGCAAGUUUGAAAAUUUCAGCUUUGGCACUGAGGCAGGGACACCAGCUUCCGCUGACGUUGAUGCAAUUUCAGGACAGCAACAGAGUGCCGAGGAGCAAGAAGUAGCCAGUCUAACUACACUCCACAUAGAUUCAGAAACAAGUAGUCUCAAUCAGCAACCAUUGUCUGCUGAAGCUGCAACUAUUACUGGCUCUGAAAGUGCUUCUCCAAUCCAAUCUGCUCUUGGAUCCCGAUCACAGACACCCUCUCCUGCCACUCUUCAUGCAGAUCAUAUUGAGCAGAAGGAUCUGCAGCUGGAUGAGAAGCUCCACCACUCUGUUUUACAGACGCCAGAUGACCUAGAAACCAGUGAAUUCCCCUCAGAAUGUUGCAGCGUGAUGGCUGGGGGAACACUUACAGGAUGGCAUGCAGAUGUUGCUACUGUCAUGUGGAGGCGAAUGCUAGGAAUUUUGGGAGAUGUUAACAGCAUCAUGGAUCCAGAGAUUCAUGCCCAGGUUUUUGAUUACCUGUGCGAAUUGUGGCAGAAUCUGGCCAAGAUAAGAGACAAUCUUGGUAUUUCAACAGAUAACCUAACUUCACCAUCUCCACCAGUUUUGAUUCCACCACUGAGAAUUUUAACACCAUGGCUCUUCAAGGCAACAAUGCUGACUGAUAAAUACAAACAAGGAAAGCUACAUGCUUAUAAACUCAUUUGUAAGACAAUGAAGCGAAGACAAGAUGUUUCUCCAAACAGGGAUUUUUUAACACAUUUCUACAAUAUAAUGCACUGUGGACUUCUUCAUGUUGAUCAGGAUAUUGUCAAUACAAUCAUCAAGCACUGCUCUCCUCAGUUCUUCUCACUUGGUUUGCCUGGUGCCACCAUGCUUAUUAUGGAUUUCAUUGUAGCAGCAGGACGGGUAGCUGCUUCUUCCUUCCUCAAUGCACCAAGAGUUGAAGCACAAGUUCUUUUAGGAUCUCUAGUCUGUUUUCCCAACUUAUAUCAUGAACUACCAGCUCUUCACCCAAACAUUCCUGACAUUGCUGUGUCUCAGUUUACGGAUGUUAAAGAACUCAUAAUUAAAACUGUGUUAAGUUCAGCAAGAGAGGAGCCAUCUGGUCCUGCACGAUGUGUUGCUCUUUGCAGUCUUGGUAUUUGGAUCUGUGAGGAGUUAGUUCAUGAAUCACAUCAUCCUCAGAUCAAGGAAGCAUUGAAUGUGAUUUGUGUUUCCCUAAAGUUUCCAAAUAAAACAGUAGCCCAAGUUGCCUGCAGUAUGCUGAACAUGCUGAUACAUUAUGUACAGAGACUUCAAAUGUAUCAAGCUGAUUCACCUUUAAGAAUUAUUCAAAUUCUGAUAGCAACUAUUACCCAUCUGCUACCCAGUACGGAAGCUUCCUCUUAUGAACAGGACAAGAGGUUGGUGGUUUCUUUACUUCUGUGCUUAUUGGAUUGGAUAAUGGCCUUACCAUUAAAGACCUUGCUGCAGCCUCUUCACACUACAGGAGCAGAAAAUGAUAAGACUGAAAGAUCUGUUCUUAAUUGUAUAUAUAAGGUUCUGCAUGGAUGUGUCUAUGGAUCUCAGUGUUUUAGCAACCCUAAAUAUUUUCCUCUAAGCCUUUCUGAUUUGGCAUGUGUGGAUUACGAUCCUUUUAUGCAUUUAGAAAGCUUGAAGGAACCAGAACCACUGCAUUCUCCAGACUCGGAGCGCUCUUCUAAACUUCAGCCAGUCACUGAAGUGAAAACUCACAUGCAACAAGGAUUAAUUUCUGUUGCUGCUCGUACUGUGAUAACGCACCUCGUCAACCACUUAGGCCACUAUCCUAUGAGUGGAGGUCCUGCUAUGCUGACCAGUCAAGUGUGUGAAAACAACGACAAUCCAUACAGUGAAAGUCCUGAACUUUCUCCUGAACUUUUUGAGAACCCAAACCUUCAGUUCUUUGUGUUAAACAAUACUUCCCUAGUGUCUUGCAUACAAAUCCAAGCAGAAGAUGACAUGCCUGGGGGAGGACUGUCUGCUGGACUUGCAUCUGCUAAUUCAAAUGUUAGAAUUAUAGUGCGUGAUCUAUCUGGCAAAUACUCGUGGGAUUCAGCCAUUUUGUAUGGACCAUCAUCUUUAUGUGGAUCUUCACAACAGACUUCUUUUGCACUUUCAUUAUCUCAGCAAGAUAAACCAGAAGAUGUUUUUUCAUCCUUUGAGCACGUGGAGGAUGUGUCUGCAAGGGAUGGAAUUACACUCCAAGUAAAGAGGAAAUUUAGAGACACUGUACCAACAUGGGAUACCAUUAGGGAUGAAGAAGAUGCCCUCGAUGAGCUCCUGCAGUAUUUAGGUGUUACAAGCCCUGAAUGCUUACAGAGAACUGGUGUCUCACUCAACAUUCCUGCUCCUCAACCAGUCUGCAUCUCAGAGAAGCAGGAGAACGAUGUCAUCAAUGCAAUUCUGAAACAGCACACGGAAGAGAGGGAGUUUGUUGAAAAGCAUUUCAAUGAUUUAAAUAUGAGGGCUAUGGAGCAGGACGAGCCAACCUCACAAAAGCCCCAGUCAGCAUUUUACUACUGCAGAUUACUUCUCAGUAUACUGGGAAUGAAUUCUUGGGAUAAAAGAAGGAGCUUUCAUCUCCUGAAGAAAAAUGAGAAGUUACUUCGAGAACUCAGAAAUUUGGACUCAAGACAAUGCCGAGAGACACACAAGAUCGCAGUGUUUUAUGUUGCUGAGGGACAAGAAGAUAAACACUCCAUUCUUACUAAUACUGGAGGAAGUCAAGCCUAUGAGGAUUUUGUAGCCGGACUUGGCUGGGAGGUAAAUCUCACAAACCAUUGUGGCUUUAUGGGAGGACUGCAAAAAAACAAAAGCACUGGAUUGACUACUCCAUAUUUUGCUACCUCGACAGUAGAAGUGAUGUUCCAUGUGUCAACAAGAAUGCCUUCUGAUUCAGAUGACUCUCUAACAAAAAAGCUAAGACAUUUAGGAAAUGAUGAAGUACACAUUGUCUGGUCAGAGCAUACUCGAGAUUAUAGAAGAGGAAUAAUUCCAACAGAAUUUGGUGAUGUUCUUAUAGUUAUCUAUCCCAUGAAAAACCAUAUGUUCAGUAUCCAGAUCAUGAAAAAGCCUGAGGUUCCAUUUUUUGGUCCACUCUUUGAUGGUGCUAUUGUGAAUGGAAAAAUUCUUCCUAUUAUGGUUCGUGCAACAGCUAUAAAUGCAAGCCGUGCAUUGAAAUCAUUAAUCCCAUUAUACCAAAACUUUUACGAGGAGAGAGCACGAUACCUGCAAACAAUUGUUCAACAUCAUCUAGAGCCUACAACUUUUGAGGAUUUUGCUGCUCAGGUUUUCUGUCCAGCACCUUACCACCAUUUGCCCUCAGAGACAGAUCAUUAAAUAUCAGUUCUGUUUAUCUGAAGCAUGAACAAGUAGUACUGGAUGGCAGUGGUGUGUUUUGUACCCUGUACUGUCUUUCAUUGAUGUUGUAAGACAUUCUGCAGUGAUAACGUAGGAGAGAAGGAGAAGAAGAAUGUGUAACACUUGAAAUUCCUUGUUCAGAAACCUUUAUUUAAUGCCGAACAAAUAAAAAUGCUUCUGUGGAAGAGCUGUAAAUCUAAAUAAAAUAAAUUUUGUAAGAAUAAAUUAAUUUGGCAAGUGGAUAUCUCAAAAUUUGUUUCUUAAUUGCAAAAGUAUGCAGAAAUACAUUUAAAAUUAUGGAAGAGUUGUGAUAGGACUACAGAAAGAAUGACUUUAAAAUGUUAAAACAUUGAGACUCCUUUGCUUAUAAACCAUAAGUAGAAAUAAGAUGCAGUUUCAAAGUAUAAGUGGCAUAGUUAUGCUCGUGCAAAUAGUCAAGACCAAAGAGAAACUAAAUUAGAAGUGUAAGUAAUCUAAAACUAAUUAAAUCAAUAUAAAAAAAUAGUAACAGAAUUUAAUGUAUUAAAACAUUUGAAUAGGGAAAAAUCUGUAACUAGAAACAUUAAAAACAAUAACCAGGGGUACGGGUCCUUGCCACAUUUCCUUCCUAAUGCGCACAGCAAGUAUUUGCCACCAGACACUGAUGUAUGGCUAGCGUAUAUUAUGUGUUCUAGUGCACUUGUAUCAGUUCUGCCUCCUCACUUUCAGAAGUCUCAUUCCAGGCCCUCUUCCUCUAGUUCAUUCUUUCGGGGUGAAGCAAAGCUGCUUUUCUGUACUAGUUUGGUGUGUUGGAGAACACUGCUCUACAGUGGCAAUUCCUGUAUUCCUUUAAAAGUGGUCCUAGUCUUUCUUUGUGUUCUCUAGCAUGACUUGGGAAAAAAAUUAUGACUUUUAGAAACUUGAUUUUAGACUUAAGCCUUCUAUCAAAUGGAAUAACUUUCUGCGGGGAUCUCAUUGGCAGGAGCUUGUGAUGUAUUUCACACCUGCGUGUGUGCGCGUGUGUGUUUGCGUACCGUGAAACGUGAUGUCCUGUCCUGAGGGCCACAUUCUGCUGACCCUGUGCUGUGUGCUGGAACCGGCCAACACAUCAGUGUCGGGAGCAGCCAGGAGCUUCCUAGGGUGGACAUGCAGCACAGUGCGACCCAGCGUCGGAGUCCAACGAACUGUCCCCAGACCUGCCUGAUUCUGAGCUUUCAUUUCAGCCCAGGGAUGUCCUGGCAGUCCUGCCUGCACCCUGGGGGCUGACCCCUCUUCCAUCUGGGGCUCUGAUACUCAGCAGCAGUGCAGUGCCUGGAGUAGCACCACACCAUGUGCCUCCAAGCUGACUCUGGGGCACACAAAUUCUAAAGCCCAAGGCAGGUAUAAGUUAACACUGCCAUCAUCUACCAAAAAGUUACCCCAGGGCUUGGGGUUAGCCUGGAAACCAAUGGUUUCCAGUCCUAGCAAAGGCAGACCUGUUAGCGAGGUGGCUACAGAUGACCCAGAACUUUGAUGGACCAUGAUCCUAGGAAAGAGGCCACCAGGUAGACUAUUAAAAAAGACUACAUACCUCUGUGAUUCCAGAGGUCCCUACAACAGGUGUAUUUUUUUGAAAGAUAAGCGAAGAGCUCUGAACUGUGCCAGGACUGUACAUAGGAGUGACACUGGAGUCCUGCCUGGGAAACCACACACAUUUGUCACCCCCAAGAUGACUCAGACAAAACCUUGCAGGCUCCCUGCCAGACCUUUCCAUGUCAUCUGAAAAUUUCUGAUCAUCUUCUAAAAAUACAUCACAGUUCUUUUUUUUUUUUUUAAAUACAAAAUAUUUCAUUUGUGUUCUUUUUAAUGAAAAAUAACUUAUCAGAAGAGAGUAGAAAAGUUUUCCACAUUUUGGAUAUUCUAGACUUGAUUCCUUAAUUGGGUCGUGAUCUCCAAGAUUACAAUUUUUGUGUAUGUUUAAUUUUAUAAGGUACUGUAUACAAUCUCCUCUUCUAAGGAAGAUGUAUAGAACUGGUGAAGCCCAUCACCAGGUGUUGUAAUGUUUUAUUGUUGUUAUGAUCCCGUUGGCUGGUUUCAGCAUGCCAUCUUUUCCCUUUGAGCUAUGAUAAUCAGAGCAAAUAGAGAACAUGCCAUUGGGUAACAAACUCUGUUUCCUCAGACUGACUUAUUUUAUCAAAGGCUCAGCCCUCAGCAAAAGCUGUUUCCUUCCUUAGAGUGGUUGCUCUUCAAUACAGUGUGAUUGUGGCUGCUGCUGUUUUAUCUAGAUAAAACAGUCUGACCUGUCAAAAUAUCUGACAAGUCCUCUUUCCCAUGUGUAGGAACCUGAUUAGUGUAGUGGAUGUGUACAUUUACAAAAAAUUGAGAUUUACCUGCACUUAAUCACAGAAUAUAAUUCAGUCGCCUCUAUUUUUUACUUUGCGCUGACGUUGGUUAAACAGAGUAACUCCUGCUGGAUGGCUAUUGAGUACACCAGAUUUCUGUGACACCAGAAUAGGUUGAGGGAACUGUCAAUGGUAAGCUCAAUGAUAUUGAAGGGCUUAUUGACCCCGUGAUGCUAAGAUUCUGAGCUUUAAAUUGUACUGAUAUCUUGGGUUUGGUUUUUCUCUACUUUAUUUUUUUCUCUCUUCCUACUGAAACUAGUACCUCGAUAUAGUAAACCUUAUGAAGAUGAGGCCUCUCAACCCUAGUCAUAGUAUUUCCCAGUUUUUGACAUUUUCUAGUUUUUGAAUGUUUGACUUUAUAAAUUUAUUGUCUUGUGACAAAGUUUUCCUUUUGUAAUUCCUUCCAUUUUUAUUUUAAGGCAUCGGGCAAAAGAUAAAAAUUCUGUAAUACAGAUUUAACAGCCAUGUGAUUCCUGAGCAAAACUGUAACCUCUAGAUGCACCACCUGCUCCUGCAGACUGAGACAGGGCAGUGAUUGGUAGUAAUGGUAAACUGUGUUAUCUCUGUCUGAAUCUCCACUGGUGGAAAGAUUGGGAGUUUUGCCAGUGGGUUUCACAGAUAUUAGAUGACAGGGAGGAGCAGGUUUACUCAGGAUGUUUCUGGCCAGGCUCUGAAGAGCAUUCGUCACUGGACACGGACUCUGCCACUCUUCUGCCAUGAACUUAAUCUUUUUUGCUGUGUUCUUUCUCAUGGCUGGCUCUUGUUUCUUUGUCUCCUACCUAGUUCCAGUCUCACAAGUCUUUAGGCCACUCACCAUCUCUUCCUCACCUUCUCAUCCUGCUUUGCAGCUGCUUUUGCAGUCUUUCUCUCUGCAUCCGCUUCUCGUUUCAUUUCCUCAUUUCCUAAAAUUAGUGAAAGACUUAAUUCCUUGACUCUAGCAAAGCUCUGCUGAGCACGAUGGACAGCUCGGCUGGAUUUGGACUGGGGUUCAUAAGAGUUGCAAAGGGCACAAGCUGUACAAAAACAAUUGCCCUCUUUCCUGGAGGUCAGGCGGGGAGGCUGAAGUACCUUAAAAGGCCAUCAAAAUUUACCUACAUGCAAGUGUCAUUCUGAGAGAUGGCACUUGAGAAAAUGUUGAUCCAGACAACAAGGUGUGACAAAGCUGGAGGUACUGAGAGUGGCCAUACUGUGUGGCACCCUGUCUGAACAUCAGCACCCCCUCAGGCUUCUGCUCGGCCCAAUUUUUCACCUCUUUGAAAGUCAGAACUGACGAACGAGAUGAGUCAUGUCAACACAUGUGUUACAGUUCCUCCAGGUUCCUCCACCUCACCUCACUUCUAACUCAGUCUGUGUGCAGUUAGGAUUCCUUUUUACAUUUAAAUAGUUAAUUUCUGAGCCAAAUAACCAACAUACUAUUAUUAGACGAUCCUAAAAUUUUCAAAUUUCAAACGGAGUGUGAAAAUGUCGCAUUUCAACUUUGUUGAUCCACCUCCUUGUUCAGAAGCAAUUGAAACGGCUCUACAUUAUGGCCCAAAAUAUCAUAGCUCAUCAGGCUAUGAUAUUUGUCACUUGUCAAGCCUAAGAGAUGAAAAAUAUGGAUCACUUCCUGACAUUUUUCAACCUCUUAAAAAUCCUAACACAUCUAUUUUGUUUAUUUUUUAGAACUUUCUGGUUGUAGGUCAAUUGUCAAUAAAGCCUUCUUAUUUAAUCCAAUUCUUGUAUUUUGGAUGACUAAAUAUUUCAGUGUGUAGAGAGAUAAAGAUAAUAACAGUUUACACUGAAAAUUUUAAAAUUGUGAAGGGUAAAACCUGCAAAAUUUCUAUAUACCACAUUUAGUAUCCACAUGUAUGUGUGUGCGUAUGUGUGUAUAUAUAGAUAUAUAUGCUUAUCUGAAAUCCACAGAAUUUGAGUUACUAAUCAGCCUGUUGAUUGCUGUGAGACUUUAAAUAUAUUUUAAGUGCCAUUAUUCUUCACUCUUCUGGUGUGAUAUGUUCAGAUGUGAGUAUCACUUUACAUGACUUCUGUUCUUCAGUAGCUCUAAGUCAGUUUCCUGGAAAAAAAAAAAAAAAGGAUGAGGAUUGCACGGGAAUCUGUGCUUCUGUCUG